AUGUCUAAUAAAAUCUCUGUAACGUCAUUGAUAGAUCGCAUCUGUGGUCAUCUAUGUCUUCAAGAUGUAUCUAUUGCGUUGUUAAGUCUAUUCCUUUUCUGUUGCUUGCGAGCGAAGCUAACCAGCAAAAGCGGACCAACGCAAUGGCCAGUGUUUGGAAUCACUCCCGAGUUUUUCUAUAACGUAAACGAUUUGUACGGAUGGGUCACAAGGUGUUUAACAAGAAGCCAAGGUUCGUUUCCUUACAGAGGAAUCUGGUUUAGCAAAUCCUACGGAGCCAUGACAAGCGUUCCCGCAAACGUCGAAUACAUGCUCAAAACCAAUUUCAAGAACUUCCCAAAAGGAGAGUUUUACAAAGAGAGGUUCCACGACUUGCUCGAAGAAGGCAUCUUCAACGCGGACGACGAGUCUUGGAAAGAACAGAGACGGAUCAUCAUAACCGAGAUGCAUUCGACUCGUUUCGUCGAGCAUUCUUUUCAGACGACGAGGGAUUUGAUACAGAGGAAGCUCUUGAGAGUGAUGGAGAGUUUCUGCAAGUCGCAAGAAGUGUUUGAUCUUCAAGAUAUUCUUUUGAGGUUGACGUUCGACAACAUCUGCAUCGCUGGUCUCGGAGAUGAUCCUGGGACUUUGGAUGAUGAUCUUCCUCAAGUUCCAUUCGCUAAAGCGUUUGAAGAAGCGACAGAGUCUACUCUGUUUAGGUUUAUGGUUCCUCAGUUUGUGUGGAAACCUAUGAGGUAUUUCGAUUUAGGGUAUGAGAGAGGGAUGAGGAAAGCGGUUGAGACGGUUCAUGGUUUUAUAGACAAGAUGGUUGUGGACAGAAUCAAGAUGCUUAAGGAAGAAGGAACAUUGGUGAAUAACAAAUCCGAUGUCCUCUCGAGGCUGAUACAGAUCGAGAGUCACAAAAGAGGCGAUGAAAACGAUCGAUUCACGGUUAGGUUUUUCAGACAGUUCUGCACGAGUUUCAUCUUAGCGGGAAGAGACACGAGCUCCGUCGCGCUUACUUGGUUCUUCUGGUUGGUAACAAAACAUCCUGAAGUCGAGGACAAGAUCCUUGAGGAAGUCAGAGAGAUCUUGAGGCAAAGAGAGAGCAAUCUUGAGACGCAAGAAACAGAGAGUUGUUGUUUCUUCACCGUCAAGGAACUUAACGAUAUGGUUUAUCUACAAGCGGCGUUGUCGGAAGCUCUUAGACUCUAUCCACCGAUUCCAAUGGAAAUGAAGACAGCGAGUGAAGAAGACGUGUUUCCGGAUGGGACUUACUUGCCAAAGGGGUCACGUGUUUACUUCUCUAUCUAUGCGAUGGGAAGGAUGGAAUCGAUUUGGGGGAAAGACUGUGAAAUGUACAAGCCAGAGAGAUGGAUACAAGGAGGACAGUAUGUGAGUGAUGACCAGUUUAAAUACGUCGUGUUCAACGGCGGUCCAAGGAUCUGUUUAGGGAAGACAUUUGCUUACUUGCAGAUGAAAAUGGUGGCUGCUUCCGUCUUGUUGAAUUACUCGAUCAAGGUUGAUCAAGGUCAUGUCGUUGUUGCGCGAGUUACAACGACGUUGUAUAUGAAACAUGGUCUUAAGGUCAGGAUCAUGCCUAGAUCUUUUGAAGAGAAGAGCAAGAUUCAUAAGUAG